GUGGGUUGAGGAGCUUGCCUUGCCUUGGCCUUUUUCUCUCUCGCUCUGUGUGUGGCCACUUCUCAAAUAACCAGGUGAAGUUCUGCAGAACAGGUGCUGUGGUCAUAGCACUGAAGGUGACAAGGCUCCAGGCAGAGAAAUGAUGAUUAAGUAGAAGGACUUGGCUUUCUGCAUUCUGAAGCAUCACAUGAACUGGCUGCUAAAUAUAGCUGCAGUCAGCUAUUCCAGCAAAGCAGAAUUCUCUUUCAAAAUCUUGUGAAUGAAGACAAAUCGUUUUUCUGCAUUUUUCAGUCCAGGAGAAGUUAGGCGAUGACAAAUUCGACGACGGUGUCUCCAGCUGAUGAAAGUAAUGAAGUUGCGGGAUUUGUCCUAGUGCCUUUUUUCCUACUGACAAUGAUCGGAUUUACUGUUGCAAUGGUCAUGUAUAUUCAGAGGAGACGCAGGCUUGACAAACUAAGACAUCAACUGCUACCUGUCUAUACUUACGACCCCACCGAGGAAAUGAAUGAAGCUGAACAAGAGCUUCUUUGGGAUAGCGAUGAACCAAAGGUUAUGCAAGGCUGGGGAGCAUCACAACAGAAUAGGAAAUCAUUUUUCGCGAAAGACUUCAAAGCUUGAUGACCCAGUUACGGUUUGAAGUAUCAUCCAAAGCCUCUGUAGUUGCUGGUUUCUGUGAUUUCACGGAAAAAAAAAAAAAAACUGUUUAUAGAAGUCACUGUUAGGAACAAAAGCUCAAAGACGCCAAUGUUUCGUCAGUUGGCGCUUGCAUAUGAAUGAAAUGUGACUCCAUGCUUUCAUGUAACCGCAGGCAUUACCGUCACUCUGUUUUCUUUACGGGGACGCAGUUACGGAAAGUUAUGAAUAUUCCACUGUUUCUGCUUGUUUGCAUUUCAGGCAGAACCGACGCGUUUGAAAGUCUGCGAAUGAAUAAAUGCCCCACUUAAAUGCAAAACUUUAGUUUGCUCUUCAGGAAUAUAGCUUUCUUUUCAAAUAUCGUAACACUCUGUUACGUCGAGAAUAAAUUGGGUGGUUUUUUUUUCAGGCAGUAGAAAUAGUGGAGUGAAAAUGCAAAUGACCAGAUCUGUGUUUUUGUGUAAAUGAGAGAGACAGAGAAGGUGGGGGUGUUUGAAUCAAUCGGUUCAGGUUCUGCAUACAUAGAGGAAUAUAACGAAUGGAUUAUUUUUUGCAAAAAUACAGAAUUUUGAAUAUCAAAAGUGUUCAAAAUUGAGCUGCAGGUUGUCAAACAAAUUGCUGGUGUGUGUUUUAUGGAUUAUUACAACUUGUUUGCUGAUAUACCGUGACCUUGGAUACAAUGUGCAAGGGAGAGCCUUUGGACCACUGAUAAUGUUCUGCUAUGAGUGGGAGAGAAGCUUUUGGCUCAUUCCUCUUCAGUAAAUAAUUUUGCUGUUUAUCAACAAAACAUUCUUCAAGAGCCACGUUUUUUGAAUAUAUUCUUAACGGCCAAAAAACAAGCUUUUGUUUUCUUCCCUUUGAUAGACAUGUGUCCCGGCUGACAGUGCUCCAGAUAAAAUUGGUCCUUCAUUUCAUGGC